ACAAUAACUAAUAAGCUUUGACUGUUAGUUCACAGAAAACAUGUGCUACUCUCCAAUCCUCCAUAUUUGUCCCAAACUAGCUUCAAACUGCUGUUAUCACUGAAUACAUUAAUUUUUUGUUGGGAAUUUGUAGUACAACAAUGUCCAAAACUUUCGUAUGUUCAAUUGUACUGUAAUUCGCUGUACGAAAAAGUGAAUCAUUGGUUAUUGCUCGUUCUUUAACAUUUUUUUGAUAAUGAGCAGCAGCUUGUGGUGGAGAGAGAAAGAGGGGAUGCAGAAGACAUUUUUGGAGUUGGGUUUGGGUCAGUUGGUUUCUUUGAACUUGGCAGUGAUGUCAUUUACGGCUUCUUUAAUCUCCAUUGAAGUUAACAAAGCAUUCCAAUUCACGUCGAUCACAAGUGUGACGAUCCUGGAUUGUUGGACGAUAGCUUGGGCAAUUAUUCUCACAUGGAUUUUCUUAGGAACGAAAUAUUCCGCUUGGCAAUUUUUUGGUGCAGCAAUUUGCGUGGCUGGCCUUGGCCUCGUUCUUCUUUCUGAUGCGCGUUCGGGUAGUGGUAGUGGUGGAGGUGGUUCGAAUCCUCUUUUGGGUGAUUUUCUCGUCAUAACAGGCACGAUAUUAUUUGCAAUGAGCAAUGUUGGUGAGGAAUUUUGUGCGAAGAAGAAAGAUCUUACUGAAGUAAUAGCAAUGAUUGGUCUGUUUGGUAUGCUCGUUAGUGCAUCCGAGAUUCCUGUCCUGGAGAGGAAGGCCCUGAUGUCGAUUAAUUGGUCUGCUGGACUUGUGUCGGCAUAUGCUGGUUAUGCAUUGUCGAGCUUUCUGUUCUACACGCUUGCUCCUUUUAUAAGCGGAGCCACACUGUUCAAUCUUUCCCUUCUUACAUCCGACAUUUGGGCAGUUGUAGUUAGAACAUUCAUCUACAAGCAGAAGGUUGAUUGGUUAUAUUAUCCGGCCUUUCUGCUCGUCGUGGCCGGGAUUUUCAUAUAUUCGAAAACAGAGAAGGGCCCAGAGAGGAGUCCAGACAUUGAGAAUACAAAUUUUGACCCAGAAUAUCAUCACCUCAUUGGGGAAGAAAAUUCUAUGGAUGCACCACUUACUCUGUCCUUCUCAACUUACAUGUCCCUGACUAUGGUGUAUGGGAGCAUUUUGAUAUACCGACGUCACAAAUUGUUGGUCCCUUGGUAUUGGUAUGUUAACCUGGGAUUUGUUGACAUUCACGGCAAAUAUCUUGGCUCGUUUUUUUACGCGAUAAGCAAUGUUGGAGAGGAAUUUCGUGUGAAGGAAAAAGAUCAAAUUGAGGCAGUUGCUAUGAUAGGAAUGUUCGGCAUGCUCAUGAGUGGAUCCACAUUGUUCAAUCUUUCCCUUCUUACAUCAGAUAUGUGGGCUGUUGUGAUAAGAACAUUCUUCUACAAGCAAACGGUAGAUUGGUUAUACUACGUGGCAUUUAUCCUUGUUGUGGUUGGGAUUUUAAUAUAUUCGAAGAUAGAAAAAGAUCCUGCAGAGGGCAGUACGGAUAUGGAGGAUGCAAGUCCCAGCUCUGAAUAUUAUCGCAUUGAUCAAGAAAUUUCCCGGGAUUAUAAUAUUGGUCCGGUCCAGUUGAGCACCAAGUCGAGCAAUCCAGAG